AUGGAAGUGGAGAGUCUCGGUGGUAGCAGAUAUUUUGUGACGUUUAUUGAUGAUGCUUCACGGAAAUUGUGGGUAUAUUUCUUGAGAACAAAAGACGAAGUUUCCAAUUACUUCAAAAGGUUUCAUGCUAUGGUGGAGAAACAGACUGGUAACCCUUUGAAGUGUCUUUGCUCAGAUAAUGGAGAAGAGUACUCUUCCCAUGAAUUCAAGAAUUAUUGUGCUGAUCAUGGAAUCAGGCAUGAGAAGACUGUACCUGGAACCCCACAACAUAAUGGUGUGGCUAAAAGAAUCAAUAGAACCAUUAUGGAGAAAGACGCUGGGGGUGUGCAGGUUGCGCAUGGGUGCCUGAGAGGUCCCGGGUCUUCGUGCGCGCGUCACCUGGAGUGCUGCGGGAGAGCGCGUGGGGAACUGGGAGCGUUGGGGCGCACGUGGGCGUCGAGGAGCGUUGCUGGUCUCUGCGGCAGCGCGCGACUGGGAGCACGGACGCGUGAGGAUGGGUCUGCUUGGGACGCCUGCAGCUGGGACGAGCCUGGGGGCGCUUAG